AUGGAGAAACUGCUAAACACUCCUCUAAUGAAGCUAUAAAUAACUACCACCUCCUCUUCAAUCAACCAUCAAAAUCGAAAGCAAGCAAGCAAAAAAACGUAGAAAAUUCUCAAAAAGUUCACUGAAAAUGUCUCUGAUCCCAAGAAUUUUCGGCGAUCGACGAAGCAGCAGCAUGUUCGAUCCAUUUUCAAUUGACGUAUUUGAUCCAUUCAGGGAAUUAGGCUUCCCAAGUACCAAUUCAGGGGAGAGCUCUGCAUUUGCCAACACACGAAUAGACUGGAAGGAAACUCCAGAAGCUCAUGUGUUCAAGGUUGAUCUUCCAGGGCUUAAGAAGGAGGAAGUCAAAGUGGAAGUCGAGGAGGAUAGGGUUCUUCAGAUCAGCGGAGAGAGGAACGUGGAGAAGGAAGAUAAGAAUGAUAAGUGGCAUCGCAUGGAGCGAAGCAGCGGGAAAUUCAUGAGGAGAUUUAGACUUCCGGAGAAUGCAAAGAUGGAUCAAGUUAAGGCGUCUAUGGAGAAUGGAGUGCUUACUGUUACUGUUCCAAAGGAAGAGGUGAAGAAGCCUGAGGUCAAGUCCAUUGAGAUCUCUGGUUAAAUGCUCUGGUUGGGAACAAACCUGUAGUAUUAAGUCAAGUGUGUACUGUCGAAGAUUUUGAGUUUACUUAUUUUCUGUCUGUGUCUUGUGCGCUGAGUCGUUUUACUAGUUGGUUGUUAUCUGUUUGAUGUAUUUUCCUUGAGAACUCUUAUGUGUGAAAGAAUGUAUUACUACUAAUAAUAGUAUUUCUGGUGCCA